AUGCGUGCUUCGUUCCAUAUCACCGAACAUGUUAUCGAUGGACAACACGUUCGAGAGUACCCUCGAGCUACGGCUACUCCCGAUGCACCUUUGAAGCUUUGUAUCAAGCAAUACACGCCUUUAGACAACCCAACACCCAAGCCAGGGGAUGUCACAAUCAUAGCUACUCAUGGAACUGGAUUUCCCAAGGAACUAUAUGAGCCCCUUUGGGAAGAUUUGCUAGCUAGUUCCAGCAAACACGGGGCUCGAAUUCGUUCGAUCUGGAUAGCGGAUGCUACAAACCAGGGCGCCAGCGGCGUUCUCAAUGAGCGAAAUCUAGGAAAUGAUCCAUCCUGGUACGAUAAUAGCCGCGAUGUAAUUCACAUGAUCAAUCAUUUUCGCGACCAGAUGCCACGGCCCAUUGUGGGUGUGGGCCAUAGUCUCAGGCGCCACGCAACUGUAAGUGUCUUUAGAUCGUGGAUCACGCGUUCUGUUGAUACCAACGAGCAAUUCCAUAGGCUAUUUGCGUCUCUUUUCCAUCCACGACUUUUUACAUCCCUAGCACUGAUCGAACCGUACAUGACCGACGACCCUCUCGCUGGCGGUGGUCCAAUGCUUGUGUACAUGUCGAUGAAGAAACGCGACGCAUGGCCAUCUCGAGAGGCUGCUGUCGAAAAGGCUGGCAAAGCUUUCAAGACAUGGGAUCCUCGCGUAUUUGAGCUGUGGAAGAUUUUCGGGUAUCGAGACUUACCGACGUGCAUACAUCCCGAAAAGCCGGCCAACGGCACACGUCCCGUCACAUUGACCACCACAAAGCACCAAGAAACGAUGAUGUAUACUCGACCAAAUGCCAAGCGACAUACCCAGUUAGGAGCACCGGAGGGGAAGACUUACACGAACCCCAACUCUAGCGAAAUCGGGCCGCCACAUGAUCCCAUCCUGUUUCCCGACGUUUUGGGACCGUUAUCGCCAAUUCAAAAAUCAUACCGGCAAGAAUCGAUUCUGGCAUUCAAGUUACUCCCGCAUAUCAGACCUUCCGUGAUAUACAUGAGUGCCUCAGAGAGUGCGCUUGGCAAAACAGGUGUGCACUUGGCUGCCGCAAAACUCACAGGGACUGGAUUUGGCGGUAGUGGCGGCUUGGAGUCUGGACGUGUGCAAUAUUUGGUAAUUGAGGAAGCAGGCCACUGUGCACCGCAAGAAAAGGUGACAGAUACUGCGCAAACACUGGCAUCUUGGAUUAGCCAAGAACGCCAACGUUGGCAAGAGGAUGAGGCUCGAGUUGCUGAUGGCUGGAAGGAGUUGUCUGGAAAGGAAAAGUCUAGCUUCCAGCCGGAAUGGAAAGAGAUAGUCGAAAGCAUAGCUGCUCUGAACAGGCAGUCUAAGAUAUAG